AUGGACGACGCAACCUCGGUGGAGACGCCUCGCGCGGUGGAAGAGUCGCGCAACGCCCCUUUCAGGCGCUUCUUCGAGCGCAUCCGCGACGAUGUGAAAGGAUACGUCUUCGACGACACGAUUUCUCCAUUCCACUCCAGCUACGAUAACUGGCACUUCUUUGGACGUCGCGUCAGGUCCAGCAAGUCUACGCCUAGUGGCACCGCAUCGAGCGCACCAUCCAAUACCUCAGCCUCGAGGCCUUCGAGCGUCCGAACGCGAUCCGAUUACGAUGGAGUCACGGUUGAUGAAGAGCGGGAGAAAGAUCAGUGGGUCGUCGCAAGAGUGUCUAAGCAGGUGCUACGAUUGGAGCGGGAGUUCAAGCUCUGCCAGACAUUGCAUGAGAAGGCAUCACAAAGAAGGCAUUUCGUGGAGCCUCUCGACUUCUUCCGUCUGCCUGCGAGACAACCCGGCGAGGUCACGUUGUGUGCGUCAAUCGUCCGGGCUCCGAGCAAGAACUACUUGAGUGAAGUGCUGGAGUUUGGACCAAACUUUUAUCUGAGCACAUCCGAUUCGUCCCACGUCCAACGGCGAGAACAGAUCGAGCUCUUGACGUUUUUGGACUUUGCGAUUGGGACGACGGAGUGCCUGGAGAUCCUGCACCAUGGUAACGACAUGGUUCAUGGUGAAAUCAGAGGCGAUGCUUUUCACUUCAACCGCGACACUCGUGCAGUGCGCAUGAUCAACUUUGGCUCGGGUGUUAGGAGUUUCGAGCAUGGUUUGAGCUCUGCGAAUUGGUCGACUCUCAUGUCAGAACGUGGCAUUCAACAAAGGUUGAUGUCUGUGGCGCCAGAGCAGACCGGACGGUUGCCUGCGGAGCCAGAUGCCCGGACUGAUAUCUACUCGCUGGGCAUAUUGUUGUGGACGAUUCUCACCGGUCGUGUACCCUUUGAAGGGAUUACACCUCUGGAUAUUAUGCAGAACGUGCUAUCGCGAAGGAUAGCUCCAUGCUCGUCUAUCCGGCAGGAUGUUCCCGAUGCCGUAUCCAAGGUAUUGCAGAAGAUGACCUCGAGGAGCAUGGAGGAUCGAUACAACUCUACUACCGGAGUGAAGCAUGACUUCCAAGUCCUAAAGCAAAUCCUCACGGAUGGAGAUCAGUCGGCACUGUCGGACUUCAAAGUGGCCACUGCCGAUGUCUCGUGCUUUUUUGUGUUACCUUCGACCCUUGUCGGCCGAGAGAUUCAACGGGACACCAUCCUAAACAUCAUCGAGAAGGCUGCGAAGAAGUCAGCUCGAGCAGCUCCGGUCACGCGCGCGGGCCUAAAGAGCCUUAGCUCCAGUUCUUCCCUCAUUCAAGGGGAGCGAUCAGAGCUUUUCGAUGAAACAAUGAGCGAUAGCACUUCUUCUACGGGAGGUCGAGACCAUCGACGCGAUGAUUCACGACUCAGUUCUAUUCCCGAGUUCUCGCCUUAUGAGAAUAACAUACGCCAAGAGAAGUUUGAGGCAGUGAUGUCUAACAGAUCUGGCAGUGUGGCGUCAUCUGUUGCAACUGAGGAAAAUGAUAUCAAACCACUCGAGAAGCAGGACUCGACAGACAGCCGGGGCUCAAUCUCUAAUAAUCUCCACAGCAAUGGAGGCAGUCUCCACCAGACGUUGUCAUCUUAUCAGAUCAAUGGCGAGCGGAGCACCGCGGAUUCGGGCUCGAUGCUGCGAACUGCACAGAAGUUGAAAAGAAAAGGCAAGGCAGAAAUUAUCGGAAUAUACGGCGCUACAGGUUGCGGGAAGUCGGCUCUGGUACAGAGUCUCCAGAGCACAGCAAGGAGGCAUUGUUACUUCGCCUCUGCCAAGUUCGAUCAAGUCAGAAAUUCGCCCUUUGAAGCUAUGGUGAGGGUGAUGUCCUCUGUCUUUCGACAGAUCUUCUCGGAAAAUGAUGUUAACACGCCAUUUCACGAAAAUAUCAGGAUCUUUGUCAAGCCGUUCUGGGGCGUAUUCCACUCCUUCCUGGAUCUUCCUAUCUGGCUUCUUGACGUCAAAGCCAGCGACGCUGGAGCAACGUCUCCCAAGACCUCUCUUGGUGUCGCGCCGGACCGAAAAAGCUGUAAUCUGGCCAACGCGCAGGACUGGCUGCGAAUGGGUGGGUCUAACAAGUCUAGUCGAUUCCUUCACAUCUUCUUGGAUGUACUCCGCUUGCUGGCGGUGCAAAAGCUUGUGACUUGGGUGUUAGAAGAUCUCGAGUCGGCAGACCCGGAAAGCCUCGAGCUUAUCCAGAUCAUCGUCAAAAACCGCUUGCCGAUCGUCCUGCUCCUGAGCUACUCCAGGGAGGACAUGCUCAAUGAGCCUAUCAAGCGGAUUCUGGAACACGCGGUCAAGGUUGAGGUUGGACCCUGGAGCGAGGCGGAAACCGCGAAGUUCAUUUCUGAGACGCUGCAUCGACCUGAGGAGGAUAUUACGCCGCUAAUUGGGGUGGUUCAAGAGAAGACACAAGGCAAUCCCUUCGCUGUGCGCGAGAUGCUAGAUUCUGCUCACCGGGGCAAGGCUAUCACGUUCUGCUGGCAGCACUCCCUGUGGGAAUUCUCGAUGGAUAAGCUGUUCGAACAGUUCGCCAGUCCCGAUGCCUACUCUUCGAACGACUUCGUCCUUCGCCGCAUGAGGACCCUCAGCAUUGACGCCAGAACGAUGAUGGCUUGGGCGUCUCUCAUGGGCAGCAGUUUCCAGUUCCAUCUCAUCAGGGGCGUAAUGUCGUGUUCAUGCGGGUCACUAAUUGAGCAGCCACUCAUUCCUCCCAUCUCCAAGGACGCCGUUGCCGGGCUUCAGAUCGCGUUGGCAUCGUUCGUUGUGAUGCCAACAGAGCACGAGGAUCGCUUCAAGUUCUCCCACGAUAGGUACAUCGCAGCAGCUGAGAUCCUCGCAGAUCAAUACGACAAAAGCGCAAUGCACUACGUUGCAGCUGCAAGCAUCAUCAAACACGAUCCCUACGAUCCCGUCACACAGCCGAGCAAGGCUCUAUUUGAGCUCGCCCGGCAUAUUUGCGAAGGCAUCGAAACCAUCAAGCGACGAGUGCAGAACAAGUUUCUCUAUCGAGAUCUUCUUUAUCAGGCUGCUGAGACUGCCCGCGAGUCUGGCGCUCGGACCUCUGGGUUGUACUACUUUAAACACUGCUUGCAAUUGCUGCCCGAUGAUCCUUGGGAUGACUACUCCGGCGAUACAACGUAUACCGAGUGCCUUACGUUGAAGACCCGAGCAGCAGAAGCAUACUGGUACUCCGGACAACACGCUGAGGCGGCGAAGCUCCUCGAGGAGGUCAAUUCACAUGCUCGCGAAGUCUCCGACAGAGCUCCAGUCGCCAUCCUGCGCAGCAGAAUGUUCGCCCAGAGAGGCGACAGUGCGGCGGCUUUCGAACUGCUCAAGACUGCGCUGGCCGAAUUGGGCUUGGAUAUACCAGAUCGUACCUGGGACGAGGCGGACGACGAGUUUCAGCGUCUUGUGCCGCUAAUACGUUCAGAUUUGCCACAGAUCGACGGCUUCGAUCCAGCGUCGGUUGACAAAGACUUGACGACGCUGGCAGCACUGUUGACGGAGCUCCAAAGCGCAGCCUUCUGGAAUUCCGACAUUUUGUUCUUCAAUGCUUCGUUGACGAUCUUGUCAUGUUUUCUGGAGCGGGGAUUGUUUCCGCAAGUAGCGCUGGGAUAUGUCAAUCUCGCGGCCAUCGCUGCCUCUCGGUUCAGCAUGAUUACCACUGCGGUCGAGUUUGGCAAUACCGCAGUACGAAUUCUGGAGCUGUUCGAGAGCGAAUCGUACACCCUUGGACGAGGCCUGACUCUGCAUGUACUGUGGCUCGGCCACAUUCAGUUACCCAUUCGCGACAAUUUCACGGUCCUCAAUCGGGGCUUAGAAGCUGCCUCGGCUGCGGGAGACAAGAUUCUUCAUCUGCUUUCAAUAGGGAUAACAGCCGCGAUGAGACUGUGGUCAUCCGAUAACCUGGCUGAGAUCGAACUCUUCAUCGCCUCUGUGGGAGAAGAGUUUCCAGAGUGGCCUCAAAACACUCGCGGAGGAGCAUUUCUCAUGGGAGUCCGACAAUAUGUUUGUGCGCUUGCCGGCAAGACUUACUAUGGAAGCCCAGCACAAGUCCUGUGUGACGCAAGUCACUCGACUACCGACUACGUCGAUUAUCUCAAGAGCACAGUCUCUAAUCCCGAUCGUCCGCUGAGUAUCUACUACAGCUACGAAAUGGAAGCACUCUAUCGCUUCGGACAUUACAAGGAAGCCAUGGAUUUCGGUGUGCAGCUGUUGCCCUUGAUUGACGGCCUGCUGUGUAUGCGAUAUCGUUAUGGAACCAUGUUCUAUACCGCCAUGGCCAUCCUAGCGUGCAUCCGUGAGGAUCCUGGCCGAUCUGAUCGCGCGGAUCUUCUUGCCAGGGUCGGCGCAUACACCGCGCAGAUCGAAGUCGUCGCGAGUGUCAAUUCCAUCAACUUUGCUGUUUUCCUUAAUCUCUUGAGCGCGGAAUUGGCUGAUGUAGAAGAACGAUACGGAGAAGUCCUGGGCUUUUACGAGGAAGCUGUCAACCACGCGAAUCUGACCAGCAAUCUUCUGGAAGAGGCUCUGUGCAAUGAGCUGUAUGGAGACUGGCUGGUCCGAAGAGGCGCCGCGAGGCCCGCACGCGGAAUUCUCCUCGACUGCGUUUCUGCGUAUCGGCGCGUCGGCGCAUUCGGCAAGGCGGAGCACGUCUCGCAACAAUACGAUUACCUGCUCUCUGGGACAAUGUCGCUGUCGGCCGUUCAUGCAGGCACACAGACGGCCACAAACGAAGAUUCUGGCACGGAUGAUCCUGCGUACGCCGAUAAGCUCGAGUCGAUCACGCGGGAUCAUGUGCCACAGAGCUCGGCUGAUCGAACUCAUGAGUGGCUUGAUCCUCAGCCUGUUCCAGCUUCGCAUAUGGAUGCAGGCGGGAAAGAGGCGUCGACUGUGCUGUCUUCCGCCGUGGGUUUGGAUAUGAUCGACCUCGCCGGAAUUUUGCAGUCGUCGCAACUCUUGUCCUCGGAGCUGCAAGUCGAUCGAUUACUGGCAAGACUCACCUCAAUCAUCGUCGACUCCACCGGCGCCGAGUUGGUCGGUCUAGUGGUCGAGGCUGAGGGAGGCGAGUAUUGUCUUGCUUCCCUUGGCACGCCUGAUGGGAUUACAGCCCAUGAACAGCCAAUUCCGCUGGACCAAGUCGACGUUGUCCUUCAGCAAGUCACGCUGUUUUGCCUCCGUUUCAAGGAAAAUGUCUUCCUUAGCAACAUCUUGAAAGACGAGCGAUUCAGCAACGUUCCGGAGUCAUGGUUGAAGGAGAACCCAGAAGGCGCUUCGAUGAUCUCCAUUCCGAUCUUGCACGGCAAUAAUGUGCUAUUGGGCAGUCUUUACUGCCAGGCUCCUCCAAACUCGUUCACUGAGCGGACGGUGACUUUGCUUAAGCUGCUGGUCAAUCAGAUCGCCAUCUCCAUCGCGAACGCUCUGCUGUUCAAACGUUCGGAGAAGAUCCAAGCGAGCAAUACCUCCAUGCUGGAGGUCCAGAAGCAAGCUCUUGCCCAAGCACGCGAAGCGGAAAAGAAGGCCAAGGCAGCGGAAGUCAAGGCGAUGGAGAUGGUGCGACUCAAGGAAGAGGCGGCGAAGGCGAAGUCCAUGUUCCUCGCCAAUGUAUCACAUGAGCUGCGAACGCCUUUGAAUGGAGUCAUCGGCAUGUCGGAGAUGCUCAAGAGUACACAAUUGAGCAAGGAGCAGGAGGAGCAUGCUGACUCGAUUCGAGUAUGCGCCGAUACGUUGUUGAGUGUCAUCAACGACAUCUUGGACUUUUCGAAGCUCGAGGCUGGCAAGAUGCAGGUAUUCAGCGUCCCACUCUCUUUGGGUGAGACAAUCAACGAGGUUGUCAGAGCUUUGUCGUACACCAACCUUGAGCGGAACCUGGAAACGAUCACCGCACUUGAAUUGCCACCAGAAUUGGUCGUCAUGGGUGAUCCGGUCCGACUGCACCAGAUCCUCAUGAACUUGAUGUCAAACGCAUACAAAUUCACAUCGAAAGGCAGCGUGACAAUCCGUGCCACCGUCGACAGCGAAGACGACGAAGUUAUCAAAGUCACUAUUUCCGUCGCCGACACAGGCAUCGGCAUCUCGGAAGAGCAGCAGAAGAAACUCUUCCUACCUUUCUCCCAAGCCGACUCUAGUACCGCUCGCAGCUACGGCGGCACAGGUCUUGGCCUCUCCAUCUGCAAAGCCAUACUGGAGAACGUUAUGCACGGUCAAAUCUGGCUGACGUCCGCUCCCGGCGUCGGCACAACCGUGUCCUUCAGUCUGCCGUUCAAAAAGGUGCAUCCUGGCGGCGACAGCACCCAAUCCAAUGGUCCCACGCCUCAUUCCCGGGAGACCGAUCCCAUGGCCAUCUUUACGCCUCCUGCUGUCGAUGACGGCCCAGGUGCUCGCGCUAUACGCAGUCUCCAGGGCAUACCCCGCGACCAGCUCAGAGUCUGUAUCGCGGAGGACAAUCCAAUCAAUCAGAAAAUUGCAAUCAGCUUCGUGCGCAAGCUUUCUUUCCGAUGUGAAGCCUAUGGCGAUGGACAGCAAGCCGUCGAUGCUCUCACCCGCGCUAGCGAGGAAGGAGAUCCUUUCCACUUGGUACUCAUGGACGUCCAAAUGCCGGUCCUGGACGGUUACAAUGCGACCCGAGAGAUCCGGAAACAUUCCGAUCCAGCGGUCCGGGACAUUCUGGUUAUCGCGAUGACGGCGAGUGCGAUACGAGGUGAUCGAGAAAAGUGUCUAGAAGCGGGAAUGAACAACUACUUGGCGAAACCGGUCAGGGCGGACACGUUGAAGCAGAUGCUGGAGAGUUACUUACAUCAGCCAGCGAAGGCGAUGCCCAAUCUGCAGGAGGAGGCAAAUCAGCUGGUCAACCGAGUCGUCAGUGGGAGCGAGGCGAAAAGUGGUACGACCGGGAACGACGGAAGGGUUGAGGCGAAGAGGAAUGUAUCAACUACGAUGCCCACGACCAACAGACUCGGCGACAAUACGGAGGAAACAGCAUCCCGUGACGAGCCAUCUGUCAGUCCGCGAAGCGACACGACGGAGAUACACGUCGGAGCAAGCAAAAAGACCGAAGUACCGGAACGACCAGCUCGAGACUCGCGGACUGCCAGCUUAUCCUCGAAGCGAAAGAGCCAAGAAAACAACAACGCUCCAGUGGCGCGGUCGACUGGAAGUCCACGACCAAGUGCUCGGCGAGGUGGGCCGGGCAUUGAGAGAGCGCUGGACGAAAGGAGGAAGAAGACGGAGGACGAAAGCAGCGGGUCAAGCACAUGA